CCCGCAGAACAGCCCCGGGGCAGCAGCAGAAGCAGAAAGGCGAAAGGGUGCACGGGCUCUCUUCGCAUCAUGCAGACCUUCCUGAAGUGGUUGCUGGGGAUCCUGGGGUUUGCUGUCAUCGUCACGGCCAUAGCCGUGCCCCUCGCCUUGCUCACCGGCAAAAGUACCCCUGAGUCUGAUUCACGAAGAACCUACACUCUGCAUAAUUACUUGAACAAUGACUAUAACUACAGAACGUAUGAUUUGCAGUGGAUUUCAGGAAAUCAGUAUCUUCACAAAGCAUCUAAUGGGGACAUCCUACUUAUCAAUGCUGACACCGGAACAUCCUCAGUGAUCUUGGCGAAUACAACAUUAGAUAAAUACAAGGCAACCACAGUUAUAUUGUCACCUGACCAAAAGUUUGCUCUUCUGCAGUACAGCUCUACAAAGUUGUGGAGGCAUUCCUAUACAGCUUCAUAUCACAUCUAUGAUUUCAGUAGCAGUUCAGUCUUAGAUGGUGGACUGCUACCUAAUGAUACGCAAUAUAUAUCCUGGUCACCUGUUGGUCACAAACUGGCAUAUGUUUGGAAUAAUAAUGUUUAUAUAAAACCUUCACCGACAGCAGACUCUGUGCAAAUCACUCAAAAUGGAGAAGAAAAUAAAAUUUUCAAUGGCAUACCAGACUGGGUUUAUGAAGAGGAAAUGUUUGGCACCCAUUCUGCUCUGUGGUGGUCUCCAAAUGGCAGUUUUGUGGCAUAUGCAGCAUUUAAUGAUUCAGAAGUUCCUGUUAUAGAGUAUUCCUUUUAUUCUGAGGACACCUUGCAGUAUCCAAAGACCAUUAGAAUCCCGUAUCCCAAGGCAGGAGCUAAAAAUCCAACUGUGCAAUUCUUUAUUGUGGAUACCAGAUCACUUCCUAUUGUCAACCCUGCUGAAAUUCCUCCACCUGCAGAAAUAAUAUCAGGGGAUCAUUAUUUGAGUGGUGUAACAUGGGUGACGGAUGAAAGGAUUUGUCUCCAGUGGCUCAGAAGAAUUCAGAAUUUUUCAGUCCUCGCAGUCUGUGACUUUGAAAGUGCUACUGGAAACUGGUUGUGUCCACAGGAAAAACAGCAUACAGAAGAAAGUACAACUGGCUGGAUUGGCAGAUUUCAGCCAUCUGUCCCUCACUUUGCACCCGACAACAUUACCUACUACAGAGUCUUCAGCAAUACAGUAGGUUACAAGCACAUCCAUUACAUAAAUGGCUCACAGGCUCCAGUGCCUAUUACUGCAGGAAAAUGGGAAGUAAUCAGCAUAGCAGCUGUAACCAGUAACUUUUUGUACUACAUUAGUAAUGAAAAUGGAAUGCCAGGAGGAAGAAAUCUUUAUAAAGUGCUCUUGGAAAGCGGUUCAAACUCCACUAAAUGUGUUAGCUGUGAUCUGAAUCGAGAAAGGUGCCAGUAUUAUUCUGUGUCCUUCAGCAAAGAUGCACAGUACUAUCAACUAGAUUGUCGUGGUCCCGGCCUGCCUAUAUCUACUCUACACAGAAGCAGUAAUGAUCAAGUCCUCAGAUACUUGGAAAACAACACCAAACUGGAAAGUUCGUUGGAAGAUAUUCAGAUGCCUUCAAAAAAAUUUGGCUCCAUUCUUAUAGGUGGAUACAACCUGUGGUAUCAAAUGAUAUUGCCUCCCCAUUUCGAUUCAUCAAAGAAGUACCCUCUGCUCCUUGAUGUGUAUGCAGGACCCUGUAGUCAGAAAGUGGAUUAUGUCUUCCGGAUCAGCUGGGCUACUUACCUUGCAAGCACCGAGCAGAUCAUUGUGGCCAGCUUUGAUGGCAGAGGAAGUGGAUACCAAGGGGAUGAAAUUAUGCAUGCAAUAAAUCGAAGGCUGGGAACAUAUGAAGUGGAAGAUCAGAUAGCAGCAGCAAGAAAAUUUUCUGAAAUGAGCUUUGUUGAUAAGGACAGAAUAGCUAUUUGGGGUUGGUCUUAUGGGGGAUAUGUGACCUCCAUGGUGCUUGGCUCUGGAAGCGGCGUGUUCAAGUGUGGAAUAGCGGUUGCCCCUGUGUCAAGUUGGCAGUAUUAUGAUUCAAUAUACACGGAGCGAUACAUGGGUCUUCCUAUAGCAAGUGAUAACCUGAACAACUAUAAUAGUUCAACAGUAAUGGCCAGAGCUGAAAAAUUCAAGGAAGUUGAAUAUCUCCUUAUUCAUGGAACAGCAGAUGAUAAUGUUCACUUUCAGCAAGCAGCACAGAUUUCCAAAACUCUUGUUGAUGCUGAAGUGGAUUUUCAGGCAAUGUGGUACACCGACAAAGACCAUGCCAUCAGUGGUCAAGCACAUAAGCAUAUUUAUACCCACAUGAGCCAUUUCAUAAAACAGUGUUUCUCAUUGCCCUAGCACCAGCAACUGAGGGUACUUCCCUAGAAUACUCUCUAGCUAAUGUACACUGAGCCAGUAUGAAUUGAGAUAAGGAUCAGCUCUUGGGAUACCUGUGUACACAACGAAAUCCUAAUCUUUAUAAUGAUUGAUAGCUUUUGUCACACAGCUACUGCAUUUUUAUUGAUUAUAUUUGAUCAGGUCUUAUCACCAGAAUAUAGGUAUGUUGCAGACUUCUGGAAAGCAUGGUACUUGCUUGAAUCAGUACCUUCUGCUAUUUCAACGUAAACCAGAAACAGUCCAGUAUCUAUCAUAGGGUAAUGAAUGAUGAAAAUGCCACAGAGGAGCCAACAUGGAGAUCAGUUGAAGAACAAAUAUAAUAAUGUUUCUCACAAAAAAUAAAAUUAAUCCUGUGAUCAUUUCUGUGAAAGUACUGAUAAAUUUUAACCAGAUUUUGCAGAAAUCACCUAAUGUUUGCUCAGUUGUUAUUUUAGAAAUAGUAUCAGGAACACUGCAAUGUUAAUAUGCAUUAAUAUGUUAAUAUUUCCUAUGCAGAAUGAAACACUUUGCAGAAAAAUACUGACUUGUUUACUGCAGUUCCUUAAGUAAAUAAUCUCUUGUAUAAUUGUAGAAGUCUUGCAAGGAAGGCAUGUAAGCAGCUUUCACCAAAGUUUUUGAAUUAUACCUGUUCAAACCAGUGGCACUGGAUUUCUUUGUUUCCUAUCAUAGUACUGUGAGUUUUGCUUACUUUAUAGUCAAAAAGGCUGCUACUGUGGAAAUCUGCACUGGUAAACUCUUGUCUG